AUGGCUUCUGCUGCUACUGCUCCAACUGCUGCUGCUACCACCGCUGCCCGUCCAGGCGAGGACACCUCCAACCCUGAGGAGCUCCUUGCCGGCUCCCACACGCUGCCAUCGUCAUGGUGGUUUUCUGAGAAGAUCUUUGACCUGGAGAAGCGUGCCAUAUUCAUGAAGUCGUGGUUGUACACUGCGCACACCUCCACCUUUAAGAAGGCUGGAGACUACUACGCCUACAACUUCAUGGGGAUGCAAUUCUUCCUCAUCAAGAACAAGAAGGGCGAGAUCAAGGCCUUCCACAACAUCUGCCGUCACAGAGCGUACCCUGUGGUGAGAAAGCAAAAGGGCUCCUCCGUCGUGCUGGGCUGUCUCUACCAUGGUUGGUCCUACAACACCGACGGUGACUUUACAAAGGCCCCACAGUUCGAGAACGUUACGGACUUUGACAAGACAGAGAACGGAUUGUACCCAAUCCGCACCCAUGUCACUGACCAGGGUCUGAUCUUCAUCAACUUUGACAACUCGCCAGAAGGCCCAAUGCCAUUUGGCGAGUUCUUCAAGGGCCUUGAGGAGGAAUUCCACGAGUUCGACUUCAGCGACUACGAGUACCACAUGUCGUACGAGCUGGAUGGUGAGUUCAACUGGAAGACGUUGAUGGACGGCUACAUGGAGUGCUACCACUGUCCAACUGCCCACCCUGGCCUGUCCCAAGCUUUCCACAUGAACACCUACAACGUCAUUCCAAAAGGCCGUUACGCUCGUCACUUCUGUGAGAUCAAGCGUACGGAGGCUGCUCAGCCAGAGCCAAAGAAGGAGGAAUCAAAGGGCUGGUUCGGCUUCGGUAAGCCACAAGAGGUCCAGGACAAGGUUGAAGAGAAGAAGAACGUUGGUGGUGAGUUUGAUGGUUUGUGGAUGUACCUGUUCCCAACCAACGGCAUCAACUGCUACUCACCAGCCUGGUACUCCAUCAGAGUGUUGCCAAUCUCUCCAUCCCACACGAUCUUGCAAUACGACAUCUUCACCAAGAAGGGCUUGCCAGAGGCUGAGAAGAAGGAGUUUGUCGACUUCUUGCAACAGGUUGAGAUCGAGGACUUUGACCUCUGUGUGAAGACUCAGAAGAACUUGAACCAAGGCCUGUACUCCACUGGCUUCCUUCACCCACAGAAGGAGAGAGGUGUUGUGUUUUACCAGAACCUGGUUAAGGACAUGGUGAAGGAGCACUUUGCAAAGGAACAGGAAGCUGGCCACCAGAUAAACCCAGCAAAGCUUGGUGCUGAUAAAGGUGGUGCGGAAACCGAUGAGCUCGAGCACAUCUGUAAGAGCUUGGAAUGUCAAGGCUCUAACCCUGAGACCUUUGCAAAGGAGCUGAACUGGUGA